AUGGCGGCACAAAUGGGUUAUCGGGAAUUGAUCCGCAAGCAGUUCACCCGUCAAAAGCUCGGCUUUCACUUUCUCUUCUGGUCAUUUCAUUUCGCCAUAUUUGCCUAUGGAUGGUGGAAGCAAGCCUCCGACUCGCGCCUUGCGGGCCUCAACACUCUGCGAUAUUCGGUCUGGAUCUCGCGCGGCGCCGGCCUUGUCCUCUCAGUCGAUGGCAUGCUCAUUCUGCUCCCCGUCUGUCGUACCAUCAUGCGCUGGAUCCGCCCCAAGGUGCGCUUCCUCCCGCUCGACGAGAACCUCUGGAUGCACCGCCAGCUUGCCUACGCUCUUCUCGUCUUCACCGUCGCCCACGUGGCCGCCCACUAUGUCAACUUCUACAACGUCGAAAUCACCCAGAUCCGCCCCGUCAGUGCCCUGCAGAUUCAUUACGCUCAGCCCGGCGGCAUCACGGGCCACGUCAUGAUGCUGUGCAUGCUGCUCAUGUACACGACGGCCCAUGCGCGCAUCCGCCAGCAGUCGUUUGAGACGUUUUGGUACACGCACCACCUCUUCAUCCCCUUCCUCCUUGCCCUCUACACCCAUACCGUCGGCUGCUUCGUCCGCGACUCGGUCGACGCCUACUCCCCCUUUGCCGGCGACGAGUAUUGGACGCACUGCAUCGGAUACCUCGGCUGGCGCUGGGAGCUCUGCACCGGUGCCUUGUACCUCGCCGAGCGCCUUUUUCGCGAGAUCCGAGCCCGCCGCGAGACGGCCAUCACCCGUGUCAUCCGCCACCCCUACGAUGUCGUCGAGCUGCAGUUCAGCAAGCCCUCGUUCCGGUACAAGGCCGGCCAGUGGCUCUUCCUACAGGUGCCGUCCAUCUCGCGGUACCAGUGGCACCCCUUCACCAUCACAUCGUGCCCGUUCGAUCCCUAUGUUUCCGUUCAUGUUCGCCAAAUCGGCGACUUCACCCGCGCCCUGGGAGACGCUACGGGAGCAGGCAGCGCCCAGGCCAAGCUGUACGAUGGCGUCGACCCUAUGGGCAUGUACGAGGUGGCGCUCCAGAACGGCCAGCAGAUGCCCUCGCUGCGCAUCGACGGGCCCUACGGCGCCCCGGCCGAGGACGUAUUUGAGAACGAGAUCGCCGUGCUCAUCGGCACCGGCAUCGGCGUCACCCCUUGGGCCGCCAUCCUCAAGAAUAUCUGGCACCUGCGCAACUCUCCCAACCCGCCCACCCGCCUGCGCCGCGUCGAGUUCAUCUGGGUCUGCAAGGAUACGGGCUCCUUUGAGUGGUUCCAGACGCUGCUCUCUUCGCUUGAGGAACAGUCCGACGAGGCUGCUCGCCUCCCUGGCAGCUCCGGCCUCGAGUUUCUAAAGAUCCACACCUACCUUACACAGAAGCUUGAUAUGGACACAACCCAGAAUAUCGUCCUCAACAGCGUCGGCGCAGACAUGGAUCCUCUCACCGAGCUCCGGUCGCGCACAAACUUUGGCCGCCCCGACUUCAAGCACCUCUUCACCACCAUGCGCAACGGCAUCCUCGACAGAACUUACCUCAAUGGCCUCGAGGGCAGCAUGCGCACGACGGUUGGAGUCUAUUUUUGCGGCCCGACGGCGGCCGCGCGUGACAUCAAGACGGCUUGCAAAUCGGCCACAACGAGGGAGGUCAAAUUUCGCUUCUGGAAGGAGCACUUUUAG